CACUUGUACGACGGUACGAUGCUCGCUAGUAGAGGGAGAAUAGUCGUGGUGACAGUCAACUACAGAUUGGGAGUACUAGGUUUUCUACCCAUCGGGAGACAUAGCAACCUUGGACUGCAGGACUUGGUGGCAGCCCUUCGCUGGGUGAAAGAGAACAUCGUUGGGUUUGGAGGUGACCCAGAGGCAGUUACCCUAGCAGGCCAUGGGAGUGGGGCAGAGUGCGUCCACUGGCUGAUGAUGUCACCGUCCGUUCAGUAUGGUUCUCUCUUCCACCGGGUAAUCAUGAUGUCCGGGGCUGCCCACCCUCCAGUCAGAAACCCCCAGGAGGUCGUCUUCACCACAGCCCGUCACCUCAACUGUCCUCUGGACCAUCGGCUGACACACUGUCUGCGGGAGACUCCUCUAGAGUCACUGCUGUCUGUACCUGUGGCUGUGUCCACGUUUGCCACACCCUUCGGUCCGGUGGAGGACGGGGUGGUAGUGGUCAGCAGCCAAAACUAUUUCCGAGAAAAGUCUCACCGAAUGAAGAACCACCAUUUGCGUAGGUCUUCUAGAGCAGAAAACUUGUCCAGGGGCUCUAAAAAAUACGAUAUGUUAUUCGGUCUUGUCAGGGCAGAGGCGUUAUUCUAUUUCUCAGAGUAUGACCUACUUUUUGGAAUAGAAAAUGAUAAGAAGAUCCAUCUACUUGAAUCCUUUGUCAAUGAAACUUACAGAUAUCACACAGCGGAGAUACUAGCUACUCUAGUCAAUGAGUACACCAGUUGGGAACGUCCAGUACAACACCCCGCUAACAUACUACGAGACACAGAGGAAGCUUUGAGCGAUGGCCGUGUGGCAGCGCCACUGGUGCGAGCGGCGGAGGCGCAUUCUGGUGGUAGCUACAUGUACCUCUUCUCCCACCAGACGAGAGCCGGCGACUACCCCAAGCAGUUAGGCAGUAUCCAUGGGGAGGAGCUUUGCUACUUGUUCCCCAACUCUGACUUUCUCAGCCGCAACCUAACCAAGGCUGAACUUCAUCUUUCCCAGACCUUCGUCUCGUAUGUGGCCAACUUUGUCAAGACUGGUGACCCCAACAAAGCAGAUCAUCAGAAUCAUUCGAAGCACAAAAGAUCUCACAGAUUGGCCUGGCUGCCGUAUGAUAAGCUUCACAAGAGGUACAUGAUGUUAGACACCAGAUCAAAGAUGAAAGACCAUUACAGGGCUCAUCGUCUUUCCUUUUGGCUGAAUUUGGUUCCGCAGUUGCAACAAUCAGACGAUAAUCAGCUGGAGAGCAAUGUCAGCUGACAGGACAAAACAGCUGAUCGUGAUUAAUUGUCAAAGCUAAAAGACAUGCCAGACAUGUAAUUGUCGAUAACUUGGCAGUAAGCUGUUUAUGAAUGUUGGCACUUAAAUAAAUCGAUCGGAAAUACAUUCUAACAUGGUUCUUCUACUUCAACGAUGAACGAACUGAGCAAGAAGACAUUAAAAACAGCGUAAAUGGCGCAAUUGAGUUAUCAAAAGCAAAAGAAAAAGAUUUGAACCUUUACAGGAUUUGAUUGACAAAAUAACAUAUAUUUUACUAGAUGUUGAUAAGUGACAAAGUUUCAGGCUAUCCAACAGCCUUGAAAUAAUGUUGAGGGAAUUUAUAUUUUUUAUUGGUUGGCUCCUUGGAUGAUUAAGCCAAGAUUUUGAUAUUUUAUAUGAGACAAAAAUAAUGAGCAAUUAAUUUACAUAGUUAAACAUCUUUAGAAUUUUUAUUAGCCAACAUUGUAGUUUCUUGUCAACCUUAGCUUGGUAAGCAACCCUUGUGGGAAUUUUUAAGCUUUAGUCCAGUGGAAUGGUUUAUUGAGUUCAUGAGUUAAUUGUAGUUGGAAUGUAUCUUAUUUAUCAGGUCAAUUUUCACUCAAAUGCUCUCCUACCUAUUGCCCACGGUAAAAACAUAAAGAGUAUUAUUUAAUUGUACUAACUAUUUAUGAGUAUUUCAUUCGAAACGGGAUGGCUUGAUAAGUUUUUUACAAUACAUUGUCGUAUGAAAGUGGUCUUCCUAAAUAAAUUU